AUGCCAUGCUGUUUUUCUCCAAACCGUCAGCUGGGUGUGUCAGAUGAACUGGAGAAAGUUCUUGCACACAGAGAUAUUUUGCGACAAAAAUGUGAUGAACUUCGAUCUCGAGUUGAGGCAGCCCCUGCAAGAAUUCAGUGCCUGCAGGAGGAUCUGCGGAAGUCUAGAAAGCACCUCACCGAGAUAGCAAAGUGUUUGCAGCUUUGCAAAGCCACGGAUUCGCAGACUCGGAACGCAACGGCAUCUUCAGCAGCUGCACUGGUGGUGGAUCCACUCUUUGAUGAAGCACGGCUCCUUGAAGGCAUGGGACUUGAGCCGGAUGUGCCAUGGCUUUUGAUUGAAGCCUGGUGCACAAAUGCUUUGCUGGGAGAGCAGUGGCUUCGUUCGGAAGACUUAGAGAGGAAAGCAAGGAAAAGCUCCUCAGGCAUAUGUAGCAUACCACUGGAACCCAGGCUGCUUUUCUCACGGAAGGCAGACGAGAAAAUGAGUAUUGAAUCGGUAUGUGGAGGGGCUCUACCAGGAGGCUUGGGUGCUUUGCACUUGCACUUCAACAAAACGGAGGAAGGCGCAGAGACAGUACUUUCUGACCUGCAGUUAUCUUGCACACGAGCAUGCAAGCAUUCUGCUAUUCCGGGCAAGGUGAACCUUCAAAUAUGGUGCUGGGGAGGCGCAGUCAAUGUUGAGACAAGCAAGAGGCGUCAGAGAUCAAUACCUUUAGAUGCAACCUGUUGGUUAGAAGCGAUGGCUUCAGAAGAUAGCCCAAAGAAUAGAGCAGCCGCUGGGAGACUGCAAGUGAGAUCAGAUGAAGCACUAGUCAUUGGAAGACAUCAUGCAGUAAUUCAGGGUUUGCUGGACAAGAAGGAUCUAAGCUGCGUGUCACGUGAGCACUUGCGUCUAUGGUUCAACAAGAAGACCAAAACCAUCCAAGUGGAGAAUACUAGUGGAAAUCCCAUUGUCAUCAACAAUGGCAAUGGAAGAAGGCUGGGUCCAAUUGCUUCAUCUUCAAACCUGCAAACCGUUCGAGCUGGCAAAUUGGGUAGAGCGCAAAGUGGUGACGUUCUACAACUGCUCAGGCCCGAAUCUACUAACGAAUCUGCAAAGGACGAAAGGAAUUUGAGCGGUGCCGGUCCUCUCCUGUCCUUCCGCAUUGUUGUUCAUCAGCCUAAGAUGGCUGAGAUAGUUUGCGCUGGCAAGAACUGCAACGGUGGAGGCGGUGACCCACUCUAUGAGGUCCAACGACUUGUCUCGGCUGAAUUAUCUCACUCUGAGAUCUACUGUGCCUCGUGCUGUGACGAUCCAAAUAUGAAGAGCUCAAUGUAUUCUUUCAAGAAACUUCCAUACACAUUGCCAGCUGCUUGGAAUUUGCUCUGCGAAUCUGAUGCUGUUCCAGCGGAGUCGUAUCCUGGCCUUCAAGGGCUUUUCACGUGGGGAGCAGACUUCGGGAUGCAGAAGUUGCACCUUCCAAACGUGACUCCCUCAUCUCAGGCCAUUGCUCAGAAGGUCGAAAGCCGUAAUGCACAGACAGAGCAUUCAAGAUGCGCAGCCUCCGAAGAGGAGCAAAAGGAGGAGCGACCAGAAGCAGAUGCAGAAGAGCACCAAGAUAGAGCACCAGAAGAAGAAGAGUCAGAGGAGUUGGCUGUGGCAUCCAGGGAAAACGGAGAAGUGCCGCUUGCAGCUGCAGAAUUGUCACCGCAAGAAUUGCCUCUUGAUGAAGCAAGUGGUGAUUGGGAGUCUCACGAGAGAGCUAAUUCUCUCAACUUUGAAGAUGGGAAAGGACGAAGUGUUUUCAUUCCCGUAGCUGAACCACAAGCUGGCUCUGGGAACGAGAUUGAGCUCUCAGCAUCAGCAGGGGUGCACCAAGAAUUGGAGGACUUUGAUCACCUUAAGCAUCUUGAGCUCACAAACCACAAGUCUGAGGGCUUUGAAGGCGACGCUAAGAAGGACUUGAUCCAAGAUGCCAGUGAUGACCAGGCGCGAAGCCCGUCUGGAAAGAAGCGGGUGUUACACGAUGUUGAACCGCUUCACCCACACACAGAUGAUGAGAACCAUCAGCUCUUCCUUAAGCUGCUGUGUCACAGAACGGGAGUGCUUUACAAAGGAGAACACCUGGAGAUACAUGCCAAUGUGCAGCAGGCGUCGCGAUCCAUCGACCUCACUGCCACAGUAACGCUUGUCUACGUUGCAACUCGAAACCGCAAACUCUCCAGGCUUGAAGCAACCCUUGAGACGGACUUCGCGGCCCUUCACUGCGAAUGUGGCCAGAACUCAUUCACGGAGGGUUUGCUGACAGUCCUGCUGGAUGAGCAAGCUACAUCCUUCGAACAGAAGAUUAAGUUCGAGCUGAUGGAUGUUCUCGGUCAACCACCUUCCAUGAAUGUCAAGGCCAACCUGGUGGGAGAGAUGAAUGAGGAGCCUAUGGAGCUUGCCAAUUUUUUCAUCCGACUUCCACUGCUUGUUACCAGCUUCUUGAAGCCACUGCAGCCAACCUUUCGUUUCAAGCAGGAAUGGGACUCGCCUGAUUUGGAGGCUGCUGCAGAUGUGCAUUCAACUGCAGAUUGGAUGAGGUCCAAGGAUUCUCUUGCUGCCUUGACACUGGAUGGGACGAUGCAACUUUUCCGGUUGGACGACAAUCUGUUCGGUCUUGGUGCCACAUUGCCAGCUCACGGCUGCCAUGAGUCUCAGGCUGUUCUGGUGAGAAUGUCUGCUUUUCCGGAUGGAAAAAUGGUUAUGCAAGCGAGAAGCCAGGAGCGGCGCCUCGCAGACGCAGUUGCUGCAGCUAUUCUGUCAUUGUUCUGGAGCCAUCCUGCUGAUCUUUGA